AUGGGUCUGCAUCGAUUUACGAUGUCCUUAAAUGAAGCUUCUUGGAUUUUGGAGCCAAAGGGAGACCUUCAGGUUCUCCCAGCCCCGUAUCCAGUCCCAGUGGGAAAUGAAAUUGUGAUCAAGAAUCAAGCAUUCGCCAUCCAGCCUUUUGAUGCAACUGUUCGCGGCCAAGCUUAUAUUGAUAUGCCUUAUCCUUCCAUUUUAGGGAACGGUGUGGCUGGCCUCGUCGAAGAGGUUGGGCCACUAGUUACAAAUUUCAAAAAGGGCGAUCGUGUUGUAUCAGACACACCAAUUUACCAAUUGAAACAAACUAAAUACGGGUGUUGGCAAAAGUACGUGGUGGGAACCGAAACUACGACUGCCAUGAUUCCGGAAAACACUACAUUCGAAGACGCUGCGGCGAUCCCUUUCGCACUUUUAACUGCAGUAGCAGCCUUGCAUUUGAAAUUGGGGAUGGGUAAAGCCAACGAGCAUCGCGGUGGGAAAGCACUGAUCUGGAGCGCAAGUGGAUCGGUGGGAGGAUAUGCUGUUCAGUACGCUGCAAGUAAUGGAUAUGACGUUGUGGCAACAGCAUCGCCGCGGAAAUUUGACUACGUGCGUGGUCUUGGUGCGUGCGAGGUCCUGGACUACAAAGAUGACCAGAUUGUUGAUAAGCUGAGGGAAUUCGGCCCGUAUGAUUUUGUGAUGACAGCUUCUGGAGAUGCAAAAGGAGCAACCGCUAUUAGUGACAUCCUGCAGCCUGCGGGUGGUAAAUUCGUCUCUACCCGCCCGAAGAGCGAGGAGAUGCGUCUAGCUGCCAAUGUCAGCCUCCUCUACGACUUUUUCAGCGCGACCACCCAAAAGGUGGCGAAUGCAGCCUUCACAAAAUGGUGGUACAGUGAAUAUUUACCUAUGGCUCUUGCUGGCGGUGUAACACCGACACCAUUGGAAAUGCGACCUGGUGGGCUGUAUGGAAUCCAGGAAGCUUGCGAAGACGUGGUGGCGGGACGAAGCCCUAGAAAACUGGUUCUUAAUCCGCAGACUGGGGGGCCUUGA